AUGACCAACUUUUCAAAUCAAGGAACGGCUCCUUCUGGAGGCGCAUCUGCCCUAACCGUAGCUCUAGUAUCUAAUAAUCGCCAACGCUUUCCGCCUACAAUACCACCAUCAUCAAAUCCAACAAACGCAACAACAUCAACACUCCAUUCUUCUGAUCCAACUUCAACAAGGCCUAUGCGAGCACACAUGUUGAAACCACCGCAUGUGCCCUCUUACUUGACUGAUUCACCCAUCGCUUCGAACGUGGUUAUCGAAGGAGACUUGAGCAUCUUGGAAUUCCAGUUGCCAACUGUUUGGAGUGUGAAAGAGAGAAAUUCAAUGCUCGAGUUGGAACGUGGCAAUUUGAGGGUUGCUUAUAAAGGAUCGGGCAAAUCGGAUAGUGACGCAGCUGCAAUCCGAUCAAACUACCCAAUGCCACCACAAUCAGGCAUAUUCUACUACGAAAUCGAAAUAAUAAACAAGGGUCGAGAUGGAUAUAUUGGAAUUGGAUUUAGUAUAGCUGAUGUAUCAACUCAACGACUUCCAGGAUGGGAAAAAAAUUCAUGGGGCUAUCAUGGUGACGACGGACAUUCCUUCUCAUGUUCUGGAACGGGAAAGAGCUAUGGUCCCACAUUCACUACUGGAGAUGUGAUUGGAUGUGGAGUUAAUUUCACCAAUAUGACGGCCUUCUUCACAAAGAAUGGAGUUGCGUUGGGUACUGCUUUUACUGGUUUGAAAGGCCAGUUAUAUCCUUCGGUUGGGUUGAGGACGCCUGGUGAGAUUGUGGAGGCUAAUUUUGGAGGACAGCCAUUCAAGUUUGAUAUUGAUCAUUACUACAAGGAGGAAAAGUCAAGGUUAUGGUCGUCCAUAAAUAGUCUGCCUAUGCCACCUGUAUCUCUAUCACCGAAUGAUUCGGCAACAAACGGAGCAUCAUCUGCAAUGGACGAGGACAAGGAUGAUGGUAAACCUAGUACAAGCUCAAAACCUAAGACUCUUCCCUCUACACCAGCGUCACCAAAUGAUCUCAUUCUACAGUAUCUCAUACAUCAUGGAUUUGCUGAGACUGCUCAGGCAUUCCAUUCAUCAGCAUAUGCAGGAAGACAAUCCGCAUCCAUACCACCACCUAGCUCAUCUCUACAACCAACCACACCUCUAAUACCAACAAAUAUAACACCAACCCCACUGCAAGAUGACACACAUAUGAAGGAUCGAUCUCGUAUUCGCGAUGCAGUCUUGUCUGGAAACCUGGAUGUGGCAUCAGAACUAGUGACGAGUCUGUUUCCCAAAGCAUGGGUAGUAGGUGAUCGAGAUAUAGGAUUUAAAGUCAGGUUACGUAAAUUUAUGGAGGUUGUUAGAGCUGCUUUGCCACCUCCAAGUAAUACGACAAUAGCAGUCGCAGCAACGAGUGAUGAUACUACGACACACAUGUCCGUAGAUGACGAUAUAGAUGAUUCGAUGGAUGAUAGGAUGGAUAUUGAUGAUGAUAAUAGUGUUGGUGUAGUACAACAGCAGCAGGAAACGAGUAAUGGGCAUAUGAAUGGGAAUAGUAAAGGGAAGGAACGAGCUGCUGACAAGAGUCCAUCUACCACUCAAAGGGGUAAAUGGAGACAAGUUUUGCGACUGGGACAGGAAUUACAGGCUGAAUUUGGAGAAUCUGGUGGGCAAGAACGUAUUGAAGCUUUACAGGAAGCAUAUUCUUUGGUGGCGUAUCCAGAUCCAUAUCACUCGCCGGUAUCCCAUCUACUUGACCCUAUGGGAAGAGUGCCCGUUGCUAAUGCAUUGAAUUCAGCCAUUCUUGCAUCACUCGGUCAACCAGCAGUCCCAUCCCUCGAAACACUAUAUCGACAAGCUGAAGUUGUCGUGGAUACACUAGUACACUCUGGAGUUGGAGCUGCAGCUUUCAUCAAUGUGGAGAAGGAUUGUCUGUGA